AUUCAAUCCCACAUCUUGGCUGAUUUGAACUGCCCUUCAUGGCUAAGAAUAAGGGUAAACGCUCCUCCGGGGCGAAUGCGAUUGUCCCUGAUGGUGGUGUGCCCAUCAAUGACUCCAGCGCUGCUGGAGAUGCUUUCCCCCAGCUGCAAGAGGGGGCCUUUGCCGGCCUGCGACAGAAGAUCGAACAGAAGUUGAAGGACCAGAAUGCGGCGAAGGAGAAGAAGAACAACAACGCCAAGCCGAAGCCGGGUGCUAAGGAUGCCCCGAAGCAGAACAACAAGCCGGCUGCCCCGACGCAAGCUGCUAAGCGGGGAUCCGAUGCCGAUAAGAACAACCAGGGCAAGAAGCGUGAUCGCAACGGCGAUGUGAUUGCGAGAGGAGGAAAGAAAGAUGCGGAGAAGCCCAAGCCCACGAAGACGGACGGAGCGGAUGACAAUGAUACCCUGCGACAGGAGAUUCUGGCUCUAGGCGGUACCGAGGAAGACUUUGAUCUACUAGCGGAGAUCGAAUCGGACUCUGAAGUGGAGGGUGCGAAGGAGACCCCCAAGAAGUCGAAUAACAAGUCAGACGACGACAUCCUACGGAAAGAACUGUCGAGUAUGCUGGCUGUUGCGGGACAGGUUGUUCCUGAUGAUAUACCCGACGAGGAAGCCGAAGCUGAAGAUGAGGACGAAGAGGAAGAGGAAGAUGACGAAGCGGAGGAUAACGAAAUGGAUGUGGACGAGGAGGAACAGAGCGACCUCAACGAGGGCCCGGGUGGCGAUGUAUCGUCAGACGAGGAAGCUUCUCCGCCUCCGACUAAGAAAGAGACGAAGAAGCAGAAAGCCAAUCAAGAUCCGGUUCACAGCCUCCCCAAGGAAUAUUCCAAGCUUGUGAGUUUACACAAAAGUCUUGCAGGUUAUUAUAUACUAAUGCGAGGCACAGACGGUUUCCCCACGAUCUGAUUGGUACAACAUCGAACUUCCUCCGAUCCCUGCGAAGCAAGUCAACGCACUACCCCGACACUUGAUUGACCGCGUGUACCAACAUGCCCUUACACUGCUCGAGAAGGAGAGCAAGAUGUACUCCGAGGCCCAGCAAGCUUCUGCGUCGUCCUCCCACAAGUUCUACACAACAAUCAUGUCAUCCGGAACCCUUAGCGAUAAGAUCUCAGCCUUGACGCUUGCCGUUCAAGAGUCGCCCGUGCACAACAGCAAGUCGCUGGAGAGUCUGAUCAACCUUGGUAAAAAGCGCAGUCGUGCCCAGGCCGUGGAAGUCCUCCGGUCCCUGAAAGAUAUGUUCGCCCAGGGUACCUUGCUUCCUAGUGAUCGUAGACUCCGGUCGUUUGCAAACCAGCCGGGUCUUUUGACGGCCUUCCAAGGCGCGGGAGGCAGAUGGUCGGAGGGCGACGCUCUUCCGGGAGGUCUCGAGGAAAGCCACUUGAUCGUUUGGGCUUUUGAGAGCUUCCUUAAGGACCAGUAUUUCGAGAUGCUGAAGAUUCUCGAGGUGUGGUGCAAUGAUGAGAUCGAAUUUUCUCGCUCUCGCGCGGUCAGCUACGUCUACGAACUUCUGAAGGAGAAGCCCGAACAGGAAACGAACCUUCUGCGAUUGUUGGUCAACAAACUGGGUGACAAAGCGAAGAAGAUCGCUUCCCGAGCCUCCUACCUUCUUCUUCAACUCGAACAAGCGCAUCCACUGAUGAGAAUGACUAUCAUUAAUUCUGUUGAGGAAGUCCUUUUCCGUCCCGGUCAGAGCCAGCACGCCAAGUACUAUGCCAUGAUCACCCUCAACCAGACCGUUCUGAGCCUGAAAGAGGAGCAGGUCGCUAUCAAGCUGCUUGACAUUUACUUCACUUUCUUCGUUGUUUUGUUGAAAUCUUUCAAGCCCCAAAAGGACAAGAAGAAGAGACAUGGCAAGUUCGGUCAAAAGGGUGGUAAAGAAAAGGAAGAUGCAGAAAAGGGCCAGGCUCAGACUGAAGAAAUGCGAGAUAAACUCAUUUCGGGAGUUUUGACUGGUGUCAACCGAGCCUAUCCUUUCACCAGCUCGGACACGGAGCGGCUUUCCAAGCACAUCGACACCCUGUUCCGCAUCACCCACUCUUCCAACUUUAACACCAGCAUCCAAGCCCUCAUGUUGAUUCAGCAAUUGACAUCCACUCACCAAGUUGCCGCCGACCGGUUUUACCGUACUCUGUAUGAGUCGCUCCUCGAUCCCCGGGUGGCUACGUCUUCGAAACAAUCCCUCUACCUUAACCUGCUGUUCAAGGCAUUGAAGAACGAUGUGAACCCCCGUCGUGUCAAGGCUUUCGUCAAGCGCAUCAUCCAAGUUCUCGGCCUGCACCAGCCAGCCUUCAUUUGCGGUGUAUUCUACUUGAUCCGAGAGUUGGAGAAGACGUUCCCUGGACUCCAGUCCUUGUUCGACCAGCCCGAGGAGAACGACAGCGACGACGAAGAGGUGUUCAGGGAUGUGCCCGAUGAGGAUGACGAGCAGGAAGAGCCGGUGGUUGCUGAGGCCACCCCACAAAAGCCUUCCAACAACUACGACCCCCGCAAGCGAGACCCCGAGCACAGCAAUGCCGACCGCACGUGUCUCUGGGAAUUGCUACCCUAUCUGUCUCAUUUCCAUCCGUCCGUGUCCGUCAAUGCCGAGCAUCUACUUGAUCACAAGCCGAUGAGUGGCAAGCCGGAUAUGACCAUCCACACGCUGACUCACUUCCUUGACCGUUUCGUCUACCGAACCCCCAAGGCUUCGGCUGGUGUUCGUGGUUCGUCCAUCAUGCAGCCCCUUGCCGGCAGCGACGCGAAGGACCGACUGGUCAGCUCCGGCAAGCACGCCCACCACCUUCCCCUCAACUCGGAGGCCUUCUGGCAGAAGAAAUCCGAAGAUAUUGCCGCCGAGGAUGUCUUCUUCCACGAGUACUUUAACCGUCUCGGAAAGGACAAGGAGAAGGCGGCUCGCAAGAAGAAGGCCCAAGAUUCCGGCAAAACCGGAGACGACGACGACGAGCUCAGUGACGCCGAGUCUGAGAUCUGGAAGGCUCUCGUGGAUUCGAGACCUGAGGUUGAGGGUGGCGACAGUGACGACGACCUCGACAUGGAUGACCUCGAGUCCGCCUAUGACAAAUCCGAUGACGAGGAAGCCAGCGGCGACGAAGGCGUCAUCUUCAACGACGAAUCCGAUGAUGAGGAUAUGGACGAGGACGAGCCCGCCGCCGCCAAACCCAAGGCCCAGCCCAAGUCCAAGAAGGCCGAGGAGGAGUUCGACGAGGACGACGACUUCGACAUGGACGUUUCGGACGACGAGGCCUUCGUGGGCAGCGACGAGGAAGUGGAACUUGGCACCGUCGACGAGCUUCCCAAGGACGAGAAGCAGGCCGAGAAGCAGAAACGCCGCAAACUCAAGCACCUGCCGACGUUCGCUUCGGCAGACGACUACGCGGCCCUGCUGGCUGAUGAGGAUGAGGGAAUGUGAGACGAUCAGUUCGGUGAAUAGCAUAGUAAUCCGAUGUGAAUAUUUCUACUGUAA